UGUUGUAACACCGCUUCGAUGGCUGUCUUUUGCAAAAAUCCAAGGCUCUAAAAAGAAUUUGUGAUAUGGCUGGUAAUAAUACCGAAGAAGUUGAGGGGACUACUACUGAGAGUAAGACUAACACCCCUGCCGAGCUCCCACCAGAAUUCCUCAUCAAGCAUCCACUUCAAAAUACUUGGAGUCUGUGGUUUUACGAUAAUGAUAGAACGAAGACAUGGGAGGAGAACUUACUUGAACUGACGACAUUUGAUACGGUGGAAGAUUUUUGGAGAUUGUACCACCAUAUCAAACUACCCUCUGAAUUACGUCAGGGUCAUGAUUAUGCAGUGUUCAAACAGGGCAUUCGGCCUAUGUGGGAAGAUGAUGCCAACAAAAUGGGUGGCCGAUGGCUUAUCAGUCUUGAGAAGAAGCAGCGUAACUCAGAUUUAGACCGAUUUUGGUUGGAAAUUAUACUUCUACUUAUAGGUGAAAACUUUGAGCACUCUGAUGAAAUUUGUGGUGCGGUUGUGAAUGUAAGACCUAAACUUGAUAAAAUUGGUGUAUGGACGGCAGAUACAUCAAAGCAACAAGCCAAUCUUGAGAUUGGAAGGAAAAUAAAAGAGCAGCUAGGCAUCCAUGGAAAAAUUGGCUUCCAGCUACACAGAGACACUAUGGUUAAACAUAGUUCUGCAACAAAGAAUCUUUAUACUGUUUAGAUUAUUAAAAUAAUGUCUAGAAUAAGCAACAACGGUUAAGAGAUGACUUUAAAAUGAAGCAUGUUUUAAUGUAAUUAUUUUUAGAAUAUGUACAACUUCUGUGGACAAUUAUUGUAAGUAAGAUAGGUCACAAAUUGUACACAACAAAUAUAGUCACACAACUCACUGAAGAACAAAAUAAUAAUACAGUUAUUGAAGUAUUGUAUACUUUACUGAGGCAGGCCAAAAUAGAGUUGUGUGCUAAAUAUUACAAGUUGUGGUCCAAAAUUAUGUAAAGGCUUUGUUAUGGAUCUUUGUAGUGUUUUCUUACUUUGUGUAUUGAAAUGUAUUGUAUAUUGGAAUAACUCCAAAUAUUUUGUCUGAAAAGACAUUGGUAAUAAAAGAAGAUAAUUGGGUUUUCAUUUCAAUAUGGCGAAGUUAUACAAAUAAGCCAUGAGAAUGGAUAUUUUCAGAGUUACAUUGUGUAAGUAUUUGUCAACAGAAGUGUGUACUUUGUCAUCUCCGGCCGUUGCUGCCCUGAGAUAUGUUUUAUUUAACAGAAGUAGUAUUUAUGUU